UUGGUGGUCUCCUCCAUUUCUAUCUCUCAUUUUCAAUUAAUUAAUUAACUAAUUAUUUUCUCUCCUUCUCUUCUCACGAUAAACUACCAGAUACAAUAAACGCAGAGAGAUAAGAAGAAGAGAAAGCCCUUUGGUUUGUUCUAACCGAAGGGCAACCGAUUUCAGGAAGGACAGAAUCUUUAUUUGGGCGGUAAUGGAGUCGCACAGGUUUUUGAAUUCUUUACUUCCUGAAUUCGAUUCAAUGAAGAGAUCUAUGAUUUGAUUGUGUAUUCUGGAGAAGUUCGUGCUAUUUAUUAGAUUUAUUACGGCUUCGGUUGCUCAUAUUCUUGGAUUCAUGGGAACAGAGGUUGCCUUGGAUGCUGUUCUCUGCCUACACAUCUUCUUUCCACAGACGAGAAGGGACAAAGAGGUCAGCGCCAACCUGUUAGGAAGCCCAGCAUAUUGGAGGAUUUCUGGAGUACGACCAGCACAUGUGAGAUGGACAAUGGUACUGCACUUCAGUCUCAAAGAAGCAUCUCAUCAAUUAACACAUCAAACCAAACAUUUGAUCCACUUAGUGGAACUGGCAGCACAAGCAACCCUACUGAAUUUGUGAACCAUGGUUUUCUUCUCUGGAAGCAAGUUAGGGAGCAGUGGUUAGGAAAUAAGAAGUCUGACAAACCGUCAGCGAAGGGACGGGAACCCGUAUUAAGUUGGAAUGCAACAUAUGAAGGCUUGCUUGGUACCAAUAAGCCCUUUGCCCGACCAGUUCCUCUCUCUGAAAUGGUAGAUUUUCUUGUCGAUGUUUGGGAGCAGGAAGGUCUGUAUGAUUGAUUCACUAAGCACUCAAAGCUACUAGGAGACAUCUGAACCUUAGAUGUAAGCAUCUAUACAACUUCUGAAUUGCAAAGAAUCGAGUUUUAAGUUCUAAAAGCUCACUUCAAUUUCUCCUCUACACGACGUUUUUCUUUAAAAUUCUUCCCCACUUCAGUCAGUUCAGUAUAAGAAAAAACUGUCGCUUUCUUUUUCUCUUUCCUUUAGCAAAAAUCUGCUGGGGAAUUGUGAUAUUGGUCCUGUAUCUUCCUUUUUCUUUGUAUACUCCAAAUGUCUUGUCUUUUCUAAUGAAUAUAUAUACAGUUGCAAGGCUGUAUUGCUGCUCAUUUGUAAAGUUGUUGCAAUCAUGUAAAUGUUGUCUCUUUGGAAACCAAUUUCUUUUUCAAUCAUUUCGAAUUGUUAAUACAA